AUGGGACACGACAAACAGCCCAAUGGCUUUAUGAACGGGAAAGUCAGUCACGGUGGAGGUGAACACGGCGGCGCCGGCAAAACUACCCUCUUGAACGUGCUCAAUUCUCGUAACCGUGGUAACUUGAUUGUUGACGGCGACAUACGUGUCAAUGACAAGUUGAUAGGCAAAGGGAUCACCAGUGUGUCUGCGUACGUCCAACAGGAUGACGUAUUCGUAGGGGCGCUCAAGGUGAAGGAGCAUCUGUGGUUUCAGGCAAUGCUCCGCAUGGAUCCAGAGAUAUCUUUUAAAGACAGGGAGAGAAGAAUGAAAGAGGUGAUGCAUGAGAUGAGUCUGACCAAGUGUCAGGACACCAGUAUAGGUAUACCAGGGAAGGUGAAAGGCAUUUCUGGAGGCGAGAUGAAGAGGCUGUCAUUUGCCGCCGAGUUGCUGACCAACCCCCCUUUGAUGUUUUGCGACGAGCCGACCUCGGGGCUGGACAGCUACAUGGCCCAAAAUGUGGUGGACACACUGAAGAGAAUGGCAGCUACAGGGAAAACUGUCGUCUGCACCAUCCACCAGCCGUCGUCCGAAGUGUUUGCCAUGUUUGAUAGAAUAUUGCUGAUGGCCGAGGGCAGAGUGGCAUACAUGGGCCCAGCAAAGGACACAUUAGAAUACUUCAAGAGCGGUGGCUUCACCUGUCCCGUAAACUAUAACCCGGCUGACUUCUUCAUCCACACCCUGGCUAUUGUACCGGGAGAGGAGGCGGAGUGUCAGGAUAUCGUCAGGGUUGGUUUUUAAAAUUUUCUUAUUGAUUUUAUUCUCUCUUGUUUGAACCUUUAACAUUGUGCUGUAGAAUGGCAUCGCAUAAAGUUACCAGAAAAGUGACAAUCUGAUGGAAUUGGUUUGAUUGGACGGUCCAUAAACUUGCAUUCAUUUCCAAUGGCAGUAUCAAAGCUGAACAGCAAAGCAGAAUAAAGCAGAAAGUAAAUUUGACUACCUUUCAAUACCGUUGGUCCUCCAGUGAAAGCUACCUGAUAUGUAUGAUAUAUAUGCAAGCUUUAUUUAGUGUUGAUAUCUUUAAUAAAAGUAAAUAAGUAGACUGAAAAUAAAGUCAUGUGCUUUCAAUACAAAGGCAUCAUUCUACUCUCCCUGUAAAAUAAAAUUAGUACAAAUUUGGUCAUACAGUUAUAUUCAUACUUCUGUAAAGAAGUAUAUUUCAUAACAAAGGAUAUAUUCAGCAAAAUUGUCCUUUUUCAUCCCUUGGCGAAUUUUCUUCAGUAGUGUAAUCAUGUGAGAAAUGAUCGCAUGGCUCUUCGUGGUUAUAACACAAUUUCUGGUGAACAUUUUCACAAGAUUAACUAUCGUAACAAUAGCACAAGCCUUAAAAAGGCCUUUACCAUUUAGGUGGCCAAAUAAUUUUACACAAUUUUUACUUCACCAGAAAUAUAAUCAUAAGUAUUACUUUAACGUACAGUUUAUUUUUAUUGCAACACGAUUAGAGUAGAAAUGUUAUCAAAGACAGAAUGAUGACUUUGUUUUAGAAUUGCUUACUUUAAGGCUUUGCGAACAGAAACCGUGGUUCAAUUUUUGACAAACAUGACUCGUGUUUUUUAAUCUCUCGUGAGCAAUUUUCAUCUGGCAUUGAUCCAAUGUCAAUGAGACGAUACCCUCUUCUCAUUUCAACCGUUUGUGCAACCGUGCUUGUGGAUUCGGGAUCUAAUUCCUGGAAUGAAAAUUUACAUUUGGUAUCACAUGUUCGCAUGAUGUGCCCUAGUUGAUUAAGACAUACUGAUCAAAAUUAAAGAAAAUGACAAGAGAUAUUUACUGCAACUAAAACAAUUCCUCUCUCGUUCUUUCUUUCGUUCAUUCUAAACCAUUAUUGUAAAAUAUCUUGAAAAAUAUCUCCAGUGGGCGUAUAAGAUUGAAAAAUAUUAAUUACAACUGGACGUCUAACAUAGAUAUAUACCCCUACGUACAAAAUGUCACCCCACCACGUUUACGUGUACUGCUACAAGGGCACCCAUAGUUUUAACUUUUCUAUAACAUAAAAACUAGGAAACCGAUCGUCGUGUACAUUUGCGAUGCGAGUAGUAUAACAUUAACCUACCCAGCAUAAGCAUUAAAAUACUUCAACACAAAUUAGUUUUAAUACGAGGCUUCUAAGUGAGAGGGAUACAUUUUGUACCAAAGGGUUGACAUAGGUAAGAGUUCUGACCCGCCGAAUAGCCAAAAGGUUGAGUUGUUCCAUGAGAACCAGUGUAGGGUUAGACAUCAUGACCAAACAGGAACAUAGGCAAGAUUUCCUGGGUAAGGCCGACCAAAGGAAACCACACCCAGAGAAGAGAGAUUGCUAAUACGCCUUACGCGUAGAAAACAUUUCGUGAUAUUUAAAAACUUGAGUAAAC